AUGAUAGAGAGGACAUUUUUGGAUGUGCAUAAAGCAGUUUUCGAAGAACUAACCAUGAACAAAAACAGGAAAGAACGAGAGUUCUACAGCCUCGAUGUGGGGGAUUCAACAUUCACAGUUCUGAAACGAUACCAGAAUCUCAGGCCCAUUGGCUCAGGAGCGCAGGGGAUCGUCUGCUCUGCUUAUGACCAAGUCCUUGAACGAAAUGUUGCCAUCAAAAAGCUGAGUCGGCCGUUUCAGAAUCAGACCCAUGCCAAGCGGGCCUUCAGAGAGCUAGUCCUAAUGAAAUGUGUCAAUCACAAAAAUAUUAUUGGUUUGUUAAAUGUAUUUACGCCACAAAAAUCAUUUGAAGAAUUCCAAGAUGUAUACUUGGUGAUGGAGCUGAUGGAUGCCAACCUGUGCCAGGUUAUUCAGAUGGAGCUUGACCACGAGAGGCUUUCCUAUCUGCUCUAUCAGAUGCUGUGUGGUAUCAAACACCUCCAUGCUGCUGGCAUCAUUCACAGGGACCUCAAACCAAGUAAUAUAGUUGUCAAGUCUGAUUGUACGCUGAAGAUAUUGGACUUUGGCUUGGCCCGGACUGCCGCCACAGGCCUCCUGAUGACGCCAUAUGUUGUUACGCGCUACUACAGAGCACCAGAAGUCAUCCUGGGCAUGGGAUACCAGGCAAACGUGGACAUAUGGUCUGUGGGCUGCAUUCUGGCAGAAAUGGUUCGCCAUAAAAUCCUUUUCCCAGGCAGGGACUUGGAUGUAUGGUCAGUGGGCUGCAUAGUGGCCGAGAUGAUCAGGGGAAGUGUGUUGUUCCCCGGCACUGAUCACAUCGACCAGUGGAACAAGGUAAUUGAGCAGCUAGGCACUCCAACUCAGGAUUUUCUAAUGAAGCUGAAUCAGUCAGUUAGAACAUAUGUAGAAAACAGACCACGUUAUGCCGGAUACAGCUUUGAGAAGCUCUUCCCAGAUGUCCUAUUCCCUGCCGACUCUGAUCACAAUAAACUGAAAGCGAGCCAGGCCAGGGAUCUCUUAUCCAAGAUGCUAGUGAUUGAUGCAUCGAAGCGUAUAUCUGUAGACGAAGCCCUCCAGCACCCGUAUAUCAAUGUUUGGUACGAUCCAGCAGAAGUGGAGGCGCCCCCUCCGAAGGUCCUAGACAAACAGCUGGAUGAGAGAGAGCACACUGUGGAGGAGUGGAAAGAGCUAAUUUAUAAGGAAGUAAGUGAAUGGGAGGAAUUUUCAAAGAAUGGUGUGAUAAGAGGCCAGCCAGCUCCUUUAGGUGCAGCAGUGAUCGACAGCCCUCCUCAGCCCACAUCCUCUUCUUCCUCCUCUUCGUCAGCUAAUGAUGUGUCGUCCAUGUCUACAGAGCCCACUGAUCCCAGCAGUGACCCCACUAUGGCCUCUGAGACGGACAGCAGCCUGGACAGUCACACCUCUCUGGGUGCGCUGGCCUGCUGCAGAUAA